AUGGAUCCAGCAGACAGAAAAUUCGAUAACUAUUGCGUGAUUGGCUUCCACGAUGCAUGCAUGAAGACUGCUCGGUUAUUUGCAAUUGUUGCAAGAAAGCCGUCAUCGAUGGAAAACGCUUGCCACGUGUUCUCCGAAUUUGAACCAGAACAACCAGCAACAGCCGUUGUGAAUUUCAUCAACAAGGUUCUAUUCGCCAACAGGCGUUCAUGA